AUGGAUUAGAGAACCUUCAAAGUACUAAAAGUAAAAUUAACUGAUUAUGAAAUUCUUUAAACUUUUGGAACAGAUUCAUUUUGGAGAGUUAGAUUAGCAAAACAUAAAUAGAAUGGUGAAUAUGUAGCUCUAAAAAUGCUGAAAAAAGAAGACUUAAGUAAGUUGAUCACAUAAUAUCGGAGAAUACAAUCCUUUCUAAUAUUAAUCAUCCAUUUUUAGUAUGACUUUUUUAUUAUUUAGAUAACAAUGCUUGGUAUUUUUUCAAGAUGAUAGAUUACCUAUAUUUUCUUUUAGAAUAUGUAUAGGGAGAAGAACUAUUUACUAUUUACGUAUCUUAGAAAUAAAGGUAAACUUGAAAAUAAAGAAGCAAAGUAAAACGUAUAAAUUAAUUAGAUUUUAUGCAUCUUAAGUUGUUUUAAUUAUUGAAUAUCUGCACGUAAAAAACAUUGUAUAUAGAGAUCUUAAACAUGAAAAUCUUCUAAUCAGUGCUGAUGGGUAUCUAAAAUUAAUUGAUUUUGGAUUUGCUGUAUUUAUUGAUUUUAGAACUUAUACACUUUUUGGAACUCCAGAAUACUUAGCACCUAAAAUCUUAUUAAAUAAAGGUUUAAAUAGUAAUUUAUUAUUAAACGACAUGGUAAACCAGUAGAUCGGUGGUGUUUAGGAAUCUUAAUUUAUGAAAUGUUAUGAGGAAUUGCUCCAUUUAAUGAUGAAGAUCCUAUUGCAAUUUAUUAAAAAAUAUUAAAAGGAAAACUUAAAUUUCCUAGAAACUUUGACAAGUAAAUUUUAUAGACUAAAUAAAUUUUAGAGAAGCUAAAAGUUCGGUUAAACAUCUUUUAGUAGAUAGUUUUUACUUUAAAAAAAUCACAGCCAAAAUACAAACCUAUUGUAAAGUAAAUAUUAACAUAAUAUUCUAAAAGAAAUAAAGGUGA